AUGACUUCAACAGUAAUAGAAAAGUCUGCUACUGGAAAGGCGAGCAUGACUGCUAAGACUCGUUCGACUGGUAUCGAGUUUGUCCCCCCAAAGACUCACGAUAUGGUCAGAUCAUUAUUUGACCCUACUCUCAAGAAAUCCUUCUUAGAGUUGACAGUGUCAGUGAUCCUCAUUUCAAACUUUUGUUUGGCCCACUGGUUAAAUAAACAUUAUGGUUUAAAUUUUACAAAGAAUUUCUACCUACUACAAUAUUUAUUCUGGAGAUUAUCUUAUAAUGUCGGUAUCGGGUAUAUCUUACAUUAUCAAUCACAUGCAGAGUUUUUAACCAAAUAUUGUACCCAAAAUAACUUAUUCUCCAAGGACAACAAUUCUAAAUUAUCUAGGCUAUUGAAAUUUGAAAUAAAUUCAAAAUUAGAUAAGGAUGACUCUGUCUAUAACUAUCCAGAUGAAUUAAAUUGUUGGAUGAUCUUCAGAACAUUUGUCGAUUUAAUUUUAAUGCAAGAUUUUGAUGCUUACAUGCUUUAUGUCUUCUUUUCCAUCCCAAAGACAGAAAAUUUGUUGGAUUUCUUCACAAAUUGGAAAACCAUAUCGGGAACAAUUUUGAUCCUACUGAACGUUUGGAUCAAAUUAGAUGCACAUCGUGUUGUUAAAGAUUUUGCAUGGUAUUGGGGCGAUUUUUUCUUCUUACAGUUGAAUUCAGAAUUGAUUUUCGAUGGUGUGUUCAAUAUCUCCCCUCAUCCCAUGUAUUCAAUCGGUUACUUGGGUUAUUACGGUCUUUCUCUAAUGGCAAAUGAUUAUAAAGUUCUAUUAGUUUCGAUAUUUGGCCAUUUUGCUCAAUUUUUGUUUCUAAAGUACGUUGAAUCACCUCAUAUUGAAAGAAUAUAUGGUGCAGACAGCAAUGCCAACGAAGACAAUUCAAGAAUCGAUGAUUUGAUUACAAAGGAAAAUUACGAUUAUUCAAGACCUUUAAUUAAUGUAGGGCUAUCUUUCAACAAUUUCGAUAAAUUAAGAAUCACUGAUUCAUUUACUUUAUUAACUUCGAUUAUCUUAUCCCUGUGGGCUAUUCUUGAUAAACCAAAUGAAAAACUAUUAUUUGUUUUGACUUUUUCAACAAAGUUGCUUACAUGGUUAGUAGUAUCAUUUAUCCUGUUCAAACAAUCCACUGAGAAAUGGUUUACUAAAAUUUUCAUCAAAAAUGGUUAUACUCAAGUAUAUUCUUACCAACAAUGGCAAUUCAUCUAUAAUUUCUCAUUGGUAUUGAAUUAUACUCUUCUAUCCAUUCAAACCAUAUCCAAAAUUAUUUCAAACUAUUCUGCUAAUAACAACAGUAAAAUCAUCUUUGGUGCUUUACUUGUCUUAUUACAAAUUUGGUGUAAUAAAGAAAUUAGAUCCGCCAUCUCAGAUUUUGGUUGGUUUUAUGGUGAUUUCUUUUUAACAAAUUAUAUUCAAACGAAAAAAUUGACAUCAGAAGGUAUUUACAGAUAUCUAAAUAAUCCAGAAACCGUCUUAGGUAUUGCGGGUGUUUGGGGUACCGUCCUCAUGACAGACUUUGCGUGGGAAAAUUUAGUUUUGGCAUCAUUGUAUACCUUGACAAACUUCGUCUUAGUCAAAUUUGUCGAAAUGCCACAUGUAAAUAAGCUAUAUGGUGAUAGCAAUCGCUUAAGCGGUGUACGUAAGACUCUGUUAAGCUUGAAACCUUUGAAACGUCUUUCAGAUAUUGUACAUGACAUCGAGCACAUGAUUUUGAGGUCAAUCUUGGAUGUGCAAUUCUCAUCACCCCUAAAUUCAGAUAAUGUUGAAACAUCAAGUAAAGAAUGGGAAAAUGUCAUGGAAAGAACAUUCAGAAAUGUCAACCCUAAGAUCAAUUCUUCAGAUUGUAAAUUUGAGUUGGUGAAUGCCACAGAAAGGGUGAUUUUACCGUCUUCAAUUAAAAUUAACUGGAGAUUACCUGCCAAACUGUUUGUUAAUGAUGAUUGGAUUGGAUUGUAUAAUAUAUUCAAUCCAAAGAAUGGCCCUGCUCGAGUUAAUGUUUUAGCAAGUGAUGAUUACGAAAAAAGUAUCGACUUUGUUAGCGGUACUACCGAGUUUACUUACGAGCAAUUACCUUUCGAAAAUGGUGUUUACGAAAUGAGAUAUCAUUCAAAUAUGAAAAAUGAGGAUCUUUUGAUUUCCAUGCCCUUCGAAAUUUGUCUCCCAAGGCUUAAUAUAGAAAAUGAAAGGAUAUUCCAGGAUUCAAUGAUACUUCUAAUGAAAGAUAUUGGUUGCUUAAGAGAAGGGAAGUAUUUCCAAGCUCAACAAUAUUUUAACUCUCAAAACUUACAAGAAGUGAUUAAAUUUAAUGUGGGCGUCGAAUUAUCCAAUGAAUACAUUAAAAACGUCAAUGGUGAUGUCGAUGUCAUCUCAAAGAGGGUAUGGUAUAUAAAAAAAAUCUUAAAUGAACUAACUUAA